AUGUUUGAACUUCGAGAGUUUUCAAUCGCGAAUUUUUAUACCAAGAUGAAGUUCUUAAAUUUGUUGACUAUCUUUACUUUAUUUUUGGUUCAAAGUGAAUGUUCGAAGAUUCUUGUGACAUAUCCAUCGAUAAGUAAAUCGCAUAUUAUGCCAUUACAAUCAUUGGCUGUGGAAUUAGCAAGCAGAGGCCAUGACAUAACAUUUUUCAGUCCUUAUCCUCUCAAUAAACAAGUAAAAAAUAUUCGUGAUAUCAAAAUCCCAUUCGACGAAGCAGAUAAAGAGUUUUUGAAUGAAGUUACGGGAAAUCCCAAAGCUGCAAACAUUUUUAAUAUGAUUACGAAAAUGAAUUCUCUACUUUUUCGUACUUCAAAUGACACGCUGCAGAUGCCGGAGAUGAGAAAAUUGAUGAAGGAAGAGAAGUUUGAUCUCUUGAUUGUCGGUUAUGUCAUGAGUGAAUCUAUGUUUGGACUUGCUGAUCACUUUAAAUGUCCGAGUAUUCUCUUUAGUCCGGCAUCAACUUUUUCGCUAAUUAACCAAGCAGUUGGUAAUCCCUUGGCUGUUUCUGGUACACCGCAUAUGAUGAGUGCAGUUAAGAAAAUGGAUUUUGUUGGUCGUCUUAAAACAUUUCUAGUGACUGGAAUAGAAUUGGUUGUCACGAAAUAUUUCAAAUACAAAUCUAAACAAGUUUAUGAUUUUAAUUUCCCAGCUGAUCGCUAUCGUUCUCUUGAUGAAUCUUUAAAAAAUAUUUCCUUAGUUAUAUUAAACUACCACUUCAGUUCGGGAGUUGUUCGACCUUAUCUACCCAACAUGAUAGAAGCAGGUCCGCUUCAAGUCAAACCAAAACCUUCACCUUUGCCAAACGAUCUUAGGAACUUCCUUGAUGGAGCAAAAGACGGUGCAAUUCUUUUCAGCUUAGGAUCAAAUGCCAAAAGCACUUAUUUGCCCAAAAACGUGUUACAAACUUUACUUAAAGUUUUCUCACAAUUGAAGCAAAGAGUUGUGAUGAAAUGGGAAUCUGAGAGUUUAGAUGGAAAGCCUGAUAAUGUUUUUAUUAGUAAAUGGUUGCCACAAGAUGAUGUUCUCGCACAUCCAAAUACAAAAAUAUUUAUUUCCCAUUGUGGUCUUGGAGGAGUUAUCGAAGCGAAGUAUCAUGGCGUUCCCAUCAUUGGAUUGUCUCUAUUUGGAGACCAACAUGCAAAUGCUGAUAAUAUUGUUAAAGACGGAUGGGGAAUAAAACUUGACAUCAGCAACUUCCAAGAAAAAGAUUUUAAAAACUCUUUGAGUGAAAUUCUCAAUAAUCCAAAAUAUUCCCAGACUGUUAAAAGAUUGUCAAAACUUAUCCAAGAUCGUCCAAUGAAUGCUUUAGAGACUGCCACUUUCUGGGUUGAAUACGUUCUUAGACAUCAUGGAGCUCCACACAUGCAUUACCCUGGAGCUGAUCUUAACUUCUUCCAAUACAAUUCUUUUGAUGUCAUUCUAUUUCUUAUUGCUUUAGUUUACAUUUUCAUGAAAUUUGUGAAGUUUAUUUGUGUCAAAAUGUGUUGUGGUGGUAGCAGAAAGACAAAGAAACAAAAGAUAAAUUAACAGCAGAAAUCGGACUCAAGAUAAGUUAUUUUUUGAAAUGAAAAACUGUAAAAUGAUGUCAUGUAAAUAAAAUUAGAUAG